CGACCAUUGACUCCGAAUCUGGCAUUGACAUCAAAGGUUCUCCUAUUUGACGGUUUCAAGAGCGACUUACCGAUUCAGCAUUUCAUGUCUAGGGGAGAGUGGUCACCAACAACACCAGUAUCUCUCCAAACAUCGAACAUCAAAAACAGUACGUACCAUCCUGAGGAUCUGACUCAGAGUCUGCCCUUCGAAGGGUGGCAAGCAAGUGGACCUGGCUCUCUCUGAAUUCAUACACCUUCAUCAACCCAUAAGCCAUAAUCUUUAGACCAUCACCACCAUGAUCUCCAUCGGCCUCGAAGGCAGUGCCAACAAACUCGGCGUUGGCAUCAUCCAACACAACCCGAAAGGCGGACCCGCCACGGUCCUCGCAAAUCUACGCCAUACAUACCACUCACCACCCGGCCAAGGCUUCUUACCUAAAGACACUGCCCUUCACCACCGAAGCCAUGUCGUAUCACUAGUUCUCAACGCCCUCUCCAUGGCCAAAGUCCCGCUCUCAGCCAUCACAUGUAUUUCCUACACCAAAGGCCCCGGAAUGGGAGCACCACUACAAUCAGUCGCACUCGCGGCCCGAACAUUAUCCCUACUCUGGUCAAUCCCCAUCAUCGGCGUCAAUCACUGUAUUGGACACAUUGAAAUGGGUCGUGAGAUCACAGGCGCAACUAAUCCUGUGGUGUUGUAUGUAUCUGGCGGAAACACGCAGGUCAUAGCCUAUACGGCGAACAGAUAUCGGAUUUUCGGCGAGACGCUUGAUAUUGCAGUGGGGAAUUGUCUGGAUCGAUUUGCGCGUACGUUGGGGAUUCCUAAUGAUCCCGCGCCGGGGUAUAAUAUCGAGCAGUUGGCCAAGCGAUCGGUCGAUGAAAAUGGGAAUCUCGGUCCGGAGAGAGUGCUGCUUGAUUUGCCGUAUGCGGUCAAGGGGAUGGAUUGUUCGUUCUCGGGCAUUUUGGCACGGAUUGAUGAAUUGGCGCAUCAGAUGAAGAAUGGGACUUUAUUUGCACCGACUAACUCGACGAAUUCGAAAGAACUGGAUGAGACUUCUCAGAAAGAUACUACUCCGGUCUCUAUCACACCGUCUGAUCUUUGUUUCUCGUUGCAAGAAACCAUCUUUGCCAUGUUGGUUGAGAUCACCGAGCGGGCCAUGGCGCACGUGGGGGCUUCGGAUGUUCUGAUCGUCGGAGGUGUUGGUUGCAAUGAGCGAAUACAGGAGAUGAUGGGUCAGAUGGCUCGUGAUCGUGGUGGCGACGUCUAUGCCACGGAUGAGCGCUUCUGCAUCGACAACGGAAUCAUGAUUGCUCAUGCCGGACUGUUGGAGUUCAACUCUACUGGGCGUGAGGGCUGGGCUAUCGAUGAUACAUCCUGUACUCAGAGAUUCAGGACGGAUGAGGUCUGGGUUGGGUGGAGGGAUGAUUGAAGUGGGAGACGAAAAGAUUCAGACGUCUUGAUCACAUUAUCUAACUACAAGAUGUCGGUCCUAUCUGCUGUCUCUGCGACAGCUCACCAAAGACACGGUCCAAAUCAAGCGACAAGGUGCUUGAAUCCUGCGCAAGUCAAGCCUUGUGAGAAGAGAGUUCUUUGGUCGUCCUUUUUCCGUGGAAAAGGUGGAUUAUAGUAAGAAUUCAGCCCAAGCUCAUCUAUCACGGCCAAAUCCUUGGCCAAGGACCAAAUGCAUCACACUGGAUCGAUGGCCCCUCGACAUCAGAUUCAAACCAGUCUAUUCAUGAUCGUCAUGUAUUCAUCAUGCGGCACAAUGUGAUGACCUCAUUGUGGCCGCAACCUCAAAAGACUCCAAUCCUCGUUCGCUGGAACGGCAAUUGGGAUAACAGAAACCGAGCAAAUGCUCUGGUGAAGCAGCCAGACCUAGCCUUCUUGCCUGAAUUUUGGUACCGGCUUGAAGGAAAUGGUGGUGACAUACUACGGAUUGAUUAGCGUGGGAGACUCAACAGAUGAUCAAGGCAAACUCACCUUCUUCUUGUACCUGGUGGUGACACUGGUGGCUAGUACGCCGUUCUUGACGCUACUGGUCAUAAGAUGGUUUAGAACAGUGUGAUUGGGUAAUGUCAGAACACUGUUGUCAUCCUUGACUGGUAAGAUGCCGUUCAAGAUGGAGCGACUGAGGAACAGAGGGAGCGUCGGUGGACCAGAAAUAUCAGUGAGGAUCUUUUGAGCGGCUUGAUAGCGUGGGUCAUCCUCAGGUAGUUCAAUAUCGAUCAAGGCCUGAGGAAUGAUUUGACGAAAGUCACCUGGAGCGAUUUCUUCGGCGUGGACAGAGUCUGUAUCGGAUUCUGCUGGUGAAGACGUCUCGAACCGCGAUUGAUCUUGGUCAUCGGAUGAAAGGCCUGGGAUUGGUUUUUGACCGGGCUGUGCACUUUCUCUCCGAGUCUUAGAAAGAUCUUCUGUGGCAAUCUCGAUAUAAUUGACUAGGAAAUUGUUGAAGUCGACGGCUGUUGGCAGUGAAGGACUAGUGACCAUUUCCCCGUCGACGACGAAUUUCAGAUGAUGAGUUCCCGAGGGAAGAUUGAUGGUGGUGUACAUUCCUG